GGGGAGGGGCUUUUAACGUCAAUUGGCCAACAGCGCAUCAGCGUCACUGAACGGGCCCCUGUCAAAAAUGUUUACGUUCAGUUUGCACUUCUAUCCACUUUUAUCCCUAAAUCUCCGUUCUUAGUUGGGAUCCUUACCUUUUUGGGAUUCGUUGAUGUUGCUUGCUGCAGCAUACGUCACAGAAGCUCCAAUGUGAGUUCUGGCAGACUGGAAGAUAUGAAAACCUCAUGGCGUCUGAUUAGGGUCGACAGUGUUUUGGAGGUUUAGUGUGUAAAUAAUGUCAUACAGUAACAGAGAACUGGUAGAGUUCUAUAUAAGCUACAAACUGUCUCAGACAAACUGCCCAAACUCUCUGCUGAGGUCGGAGGUCACUGGUGGCCGGACCGAGGGAGACAAGGACGCCUCGGCUUCCAGCAAUGGCCCACUUUUCAACAGCAGGCCCAGCCCCCCCGGGAAGUCUCGGGCCCCCCAUGGAAGCAUAGAGGCUGUAAAAUCCGCUCUGAAGGACUCAGCAAAUGAGUUUGAACUUCUCUUCUCUCAAAGUUUCAGUGACCUUUCCAUGCAGCUAGACAUCACCCCUGACACGGCCUACCACAGCUUUAAGGCCGUGUUGGACGAGUUGUUCAAGGAUGGGAUCAACUGGGGCCGUGUGGUGGGGCUGUUUGCCUUUGGUGGGGUUCUGUGUGUGCACUGCGUGCAAAAGAAUAUGAGUGAGUUGGUGUCCCGCAUUUCAGACUGGAUGACCAUUUACCUAGAUGAGCAGCUUGACCCUUGGAUCCACAGCCAGGGAGGAUGGGACUGCUUUGCUAAGCUGUACGGCCAAGACGCCGCUGCAGAGGGGCGGAGAUCUCACGAGACAUUGAACAAAUGGCUGCUAGUUGGUGCGGCUCUGCUCGGCGGAGUUCUGCUCACUGUGCUUGUUGCUAAGAAACGAUGAACGUCCUUGCAUGUCGCUCAUCACGGCACAUCACAUGUAAUGCUAUGCCAACGCAAGUAAAACAAAGUAGUUAAUGUUUACAUAAA